CGAACGAAAUUUCAAACCCAGUUUGACCACCGAAAAGUACACAAAAACACACAGUGAUGGACUCGCCACCAAUGUUUAACAGCGUCGAGGAUGAGUGCAGAUAUUGGAAGGAGCGAUCCAAACAAUACCACAAAGAGUGGACAGACGUAAAGCAGGAGUAUGAUGAGUUUGUGGAGCAGUCGCGAGAGAUGGAAAUUGAAAUGGACGCCACUCUGGACCAGAAGCAGAGUAUAAUCAAAGAUCUCACAGCCAAGCUCACAAAGUUUGAGCGGGAAAACGAGUCCCUCAAGCUAAAGAUGGACUCCCAUGGCAUUGAAAUGUCAAACAUGGAAAAGCAACUAGAUGCGGUUAAGAAGGAUCGCGACUCCAUGAAGGUGUAUUUGCGUCAGCUGGAACAGAAGAACGAUGAUCUGGAGCGUGCACAUCGCAUACUCAACGAAAGCAUAGAGAAUUUCGAGAAGAUGUUGGAUGUGGCGUACGAGAAGAACGCUCUUCUCGAGCUGGAGGUAGACGAAAAGGGUGUGUUGCAGGAGAAGCUGCAGCGGUUGAUGGAUGAGACGAGAGAUCUCAAGCAAGAGCUGAAUGUUAAGUCACGUUAUACGCCCGCGGCCAACGGCACCAGCAAUUCCGUAGCUGCCACCAACUCUAUUAACAGCUCCAUGAAUUCGUCCGCCUCGCUGCCCAACGGCAUUGUGGCCAACGGCGAUUUGACGAAUCACGACAACAUGAUGGCCAGUAAAGCCACCAGCGUGAACGCCCUAAACGGCUCCUUAGUUAAUAGAAACGAAUAUAACCAGCAGCAUUCGCUUAAAAAUCCCGAGAAUCUAAUCAAUGGCAAUUCCAUGAAUGCCAGCUCCCGCACAACGGCGCUCAACAUUGUGGCCGACAUGUUAAGAAAACUAAACGCCAUGGAGACGAAGCUAAAGACGUACCGCGAACAUGGGCAGCCUGUGCCCCAGCGGCAAAGAUCGACGCAGUAGCCGGCGCAUCCGGCUCUGGCCGGCCUGGCGUGUCUCUCACUGGAUGCGGAGUAAUCAAGUUCAACCCGUUUAGUUGGCUUUGCGUUCGCGUUGCGUUAAUGUUAAUCUGUUAGCGUUAAAUUACCAUUCGCUGCCCUCUUUAUUUAUUUUUCAUUUAACUUGACUUUUGUAAAUGGUAAAACCCUUUUUCGAUUUUCGAUUUUCGAUUUGACGUCUUUCGGUAUUUUAAAUUACACAACAGUUGAUGUUGUCGUUUGAAGCCCAACAUGUAACAUGCCUUAGUACGAAUUAAGAGUAUACCCCAUAAGCUAAGUCUAAUUUGGUUCACUUUGAAGCGAGACCUGUUAACUAUCACACGAUUGUUUAUUUUUGGCAUAUACAUACGAUGUGUUUGAAUAGCAUAAGAUUAAAGAUCCCCCCGCAAGCAAAAGUAAAAGCAAAAAGAAGCUGUGUCCAAGUAUUAUUAGUACAGCGGACAGCCUUACAGCCCAAAACAACCAAUACUCGUAGUGUUUAGAAGAAAAGACAAGACCCAUAAAUACCUAUGACUUUAUCCCCAAUGGCAUACACCCGAUAGACCAUGAGCUAUUUUCUGUUUAUAUUUAAAACUGAAUAUAAAUUUGUAAAAAUGCGAUAUUGUUAAUGGCAAAUGUAUAAAGCAUAAAAAUAACUCCAACGAACAUGCAGAAAUAUUAUAUGUGUAAAAUUAUGAAUAAAGAGAAGCAUAAUUAGUUUAAUAGAAA